AUGGCAGGUCUGGACGACUCAAUCACAUCGGUUGCAUUCUCCGAGACCAUUCGUCUGCGGGCCUCCGAGCAGUUUGAACGGGACUUCAAGGCCGGUGCAGCCGGAGAACUAUUCGUAUUCGAACUCCUCUCACGACUAGACCCACCCCUACCUGCCUUCACCCGCGACAACUGGCAAAUCGUGAUCCGCAAAUUCGUCACAGUUGUCUCCGAGUAUUCCGACAUGACAGCAUGGCAUGGUCGUGAGACAGCAGACAUUACCUACGAUGAUCAGGACGGAGUUCUCACGUCCCUCUUCAUAGACAAAGGAUACCUACGGGAUGAUGUGUGGAGGGGAAAGACACCUCGGUUCUACAUAGAAGUCAAAUCUUCUACUGCGGACAACCUUACGCCUUUCUUCAUGAGCAAGCACCAGUACUGA